CUGAUGCACCCGCCUCCGGAGUGACCAGCGGACUUCAGCAUGCUCGUCCCCAGCUCUCUUUUCAGCUGAGCUUCCAUGGUUAGGUCUUUGCAAGCUCAGCCUGAGAACAUCACACAUCGACAACACAACUGAUAAAGACUUGUUCAGGAGAGUAACCUGCACUAACUUCAGCGCAUCACGCGGUAUAUAUAGGCCGUGUUUUGCUGCGCGAUGGCAGUUUCCCCAUCAUGUGACCCAGACUGACCAAUCAUGUGCGACUACCUUGUCACGUGAGUGUCGCCUUGGUUGCGGCCCAACGCUACUUUAGCUUAUGCUAACGCUGAUAGAACAACAUGACUCCGGGAUGAGCGGGGGCCAAACAUGUUUGCUCCUUGGGGCCACCGGCGUCGGGAAAACUUUGCUGCUGAAACGUCUGCAACAUCUGAUUUUACAUGGACCAGGCUCACUGGAUGCUCCUCCCCCCACGCUUCCUACUGUGGGAACCAACUUGACUGACUUGACCCUCAAGAAGAAGAAGAAACUCACCAUAAGAGAGUUGGGGGGCUGCAUGGGACCAAUAUGGCCGAGUUACUUCAAAGAUUGCACCGCUGUGAUUUUCAUGGUGGACUCUGCCAAUGUCGCUCAAGUUUCAGCAUCCUGUAUGCAGCUGUUGUCAGUUCUCUCUGCUCAGCCUCUGCGUGCAGCUUCUAUACUUCUCCUCUUCAAUAAAAGAGACAUGCCUUGCACCAUGAGUCUUCUAGAAAUGAAGUCACUCUUCCGUCUGGAUGAUAUCGUCGCAUCCGCUCCUCAGCAAAUCACAACGUUGGAACUUAGCGCACGUUCUGGACUGGGACUUCAAGAAGUCUUAACUUGGCUGGAGUCUGCAGCUGUCAAGUGACAUGUACCAAGUAAAAAUAUUUUUUGUCAGACCCACACAUUUAAAUGUAAAUAUAAAACAUAAGGGUGUGUAUUUAUAAAAACACUAUACAUUCUUCCCUUAUAUUGGUAUUUAUUGACUGAGAUAUUUUGAUAUAUCCCAUCUUUACAUUACAGUCAGAGGUCCAGCAGCAGUGUUAGCAACAGAAGACGAGGUUCUGAGAUGCGGACUCUCCUGGAAUGUGAGGUGAAACAAAUAAAUAAAUAACAGAGAGACUCUUCCAGCAUUUUAUUUAUUUGGUCCACUUUCAUUUGUGCAAUGUGAAACCAAAAGAAAACAAUGACAUUGACUGUAAUUCGUCUCGAUCAGAUGGACUGUAGCUCAUGAAACCACCCAAAGGUUUCUCUUGAACAUCGAGCUAUAAAAAUACGGGGAGUUGAAAAUGUUCAAAGUUGCAAUUGUUUGAUUUCCAAGUGAGAAAGCAGCUAAAUUACAGGGAAUUUCAGAGUAAAGACCUGUUUAAAAGUUCCAGCUCACAAACUGGUCUAGUUUGGUCGAGCUGUCCUCUGUUGAAACCAGGAGAUGUGACUAGUGAUGAAACUUGAUUGAAGCCUUGUUACUCUCCAUUCUUUCCCUUUGUAUCAACUAUGAUGACCAGUGCCUCCAAAAUUGGAUUCUUCUGCACCGUAAUGCCUUUAAGUGACGAGAAAAAAAAUCUGGUGUUUCUCAUAUAUUUUCAUUUUAAGCCAUUAAUUUUGUGUCCUAGCCUCUGAAUUAUCCACCAGAACGCCCUUCAAUUGUACUUCCCAAGUAUUAAUGGCCCUUAUAAUCCAUUGUAGUAACUGCAUGAAUGAGAGAUAAUAGAAAAUGAUUUUACAUUUUCAGUCCUUAGGGCUGAGGAUAGCAUCAGCUAUGUGCAGAAGUCCUCAUAAGAAAGGGUUCUGAUUGUUCUGGUCGGCCAGGGUCCCCUGUGUGCUGCCACUGGAGAAGGGCA